AUGGUCAAGCUCGAAUUUUUCGCAGUGGAUCAUUGGCUCGCGGAGCGAUCAACGUCAACCCGCCACAACCUUGCUCAUACCUCAGCGCAUCCGGCAUCUAUCUCAGAUCUUGAAGCUGUUCCCGGCCAAGAGAACUGCGACGACUUCCUCUCCUCUUUUCGAUCUCAACCUCUUGAUUAUCCCGCAGAUUUCUCCGGUCUCGCCUCCUUGCGAUCCAAAAUUGCAAACCUCUAUUCGGAGGACUUGUCCUUUGAAAAAGUGUUGACCACUGCCAGCGGGUCACUUGCCAAUUUCAUUGUCUUCUAUGCUUUGAUUGGACCUGGAGAUCAUGUCAUCGUACCUUCUCCUGGCUAUCCUCAGCUUCAGGCUAUUCCUGGGUCGUUGGGCGCAGAAGUAAGCUUCUGGAAGGCCGACCCCCAAAACGAGUGGAACUUCGACUUUGAUGAGCUGGAAGGACUUAUCAAAUUAAAUACCAAAAUGAUAGUCAUCAACAAUCCUCUCAAUCCUCUGGGCACAGUUCUAUCUGAGGCGGCGCUGCUUAAAAUCAUCGACAUAGCCCGAAAACACUCUAUCAUUGUCUUCAGCGACGAGAUUUAG